AUGGAUCUUGCAGGUACCAGCAUAGAUCUUUGGAUAAGAGAUUUAGGAAACGAUUCUUUGCUUCAACCUCUGUGGGACCACCUGCGGCUCAAUUACAGAGACUAUUUGAGGUCUCCACUCUUCCCCGUUGUUCUGACUGUGUCUUCAUACUUUGUCUUAUGCCUUCCUUUCCUUUUUUGUGACAUUAUGGGUGAAAAGUGGGCAUGGGCUCAACAAUUCAAGAUCCAACCUGGCCGUUGUCCCACGGCAUCUAAGCUGCUGCACUGUGCAGGUGUCACCCUGUACAACCAUAUGUUUCUUGUUCUGCCGGCAUCAGUGGCUCAGUGGGUAUGGAGGCCGCCUCUAGACCUACCAGACCAUGCUCCAUCCAUGCUGGAGCUGAUUGCUGGGGUGAUAUGCAACCUUCUACUCUUUGACUUCCAGUACUUCAUCUGGCAUCUGCUCCAUCACAGGAUCCGCUGGCUGUACGUCACUUUCCAUGCCAUCCAUCAUAACUACUCCUCACCCUUUGCUCUUGCCACUCAGUGUCUUGGUGGCUGGGAGUUGGUGACAGUCGGUUUCUGGACCACCCUGAAUCCUGUGAUCCUGAGAUGCCACCUCUUCACCACAUGGAUCUUCAUGGUGGUGCAUGUGUAUGUUUCUAUUGAGGACCACUGCGGCUAUGAUUUCCCCUGGUCCACAUCACGACUGAUACCAUUUGGCAUCUAUGGAGGACCAAGCAAACAUGAUGUGCACCAUCAGAAACCCAACAGCAAUUUUGCACCACAUUUUAGCCACUGGGAUAAAAUAUUUGGCACGCAUGCUGAUUUUAGCUUCUGUACUGCUGCAAAGUAGAAGGCUGUAACACUUUG